AUGAUAGCUCGAAGCGCAUCGCGAUACUGCUUAAAGCUGCGACCUACUCUUGCUCGACCCGUGAGCCGACAGGGCCAGCAAUGGUGUCGUCGAUAUUCAAUACCUUCGAGUCCUAUGCCGACAGGUAGCGCUUCCAGCUCUACCGGAAUGUUGGCGCCAUUCGUAAAUGAGUUGGAUAGGAUCGCACCGUCAUUCCAGAUCAACGGUUCGCAGAUACAAAUCAUAAAAACCCCUACUGAUUUCUACGAGACACUUAAGGCCAGAAUACGUAGCGCUAAGAAAAGAAUAUUUUUAUCUACUCUUUAUAUUGGGAAGUCAGAGAAGGAACUGAUUGCGACGCUCCAAGAUGCCCUUCGCGCGAACCCCGAGCUGAAAUUGAGCAUCCUCACGGACGCCCUUCGUGGAACUCGAGAAGCACCUAAUCCGUCUUGCGCAUCUCUUCUCGCUCCUCUUGUUACAGAGUUCGGCUCAGAUCGUGUUGAGAUUCGAAUGUACCAUACGCCGAACUUGACCGGCUUCCGGAAGAAGCAUAUACCAAAGCGCAUCAAUGAAGGAUGGGGACUACAACACAUGAAGCUAUAUGGGAUUGACGACGAAAUAAUCCUCUCGGGUGCGAAUCUUUCGAACGACUAUUUCACCAAUCGCCAAGAUCGGUAUCACCUGUUCUCUUCCAAUGAAGUAACCAACCAUUUCUGGAGACUUUAUCAGGGCGUUACAUCACUUAGCUUUUUAGUAGAGCCAACGAACGAUGAUCCUGCAGGCUUUAAACUGAAUUGGCCAUCAACUAACGCCGCCCCGUCCCCUCUGGAUCAGCCUGCCGAGUUCAUCUCAAAAGCUACACCACUUAUAAGUAGGUUGAUAGCCCGAAAUGAAACCCUUGAUGGUGUCGAGUCGCAAGACCAGGGUUCGCCCAUAUCGCGGAACACCAAAGUUUACAUGCUUGGCCAGCUAUCACAACUUAUGAAACCAGAUUCGUCAACUGAACUCCCAGUGAUGACGCAUAUCUUAAAAACGCUUGCGGCUCCAGAGUAUGCUGGCUCAUCGUGGACUUUCACGGCAGGGUAUUUUAACCCUGCUCCGUCGCUUACGAAUCUUCUUCUCUCAACGGCUUCGCAAAGUAACGUGGUCAUCACAGCGUCUCCAUACGCAAAUGGAUUUUACAAGUCAAAGGGCGUAUCUGGGCUUUUACCUGAUGCGUACACCCUGCUCGCCCGAAGGUUCCUUCGCACGAUCAAGGAGCGGAAGCAGGAUUCUGCAGUAGUGCUCAAGGAAUGGAGGAGAGGCACUGUCAAUGAACCAGGUGGAUGGACAUAUCAUGCUAAGGGGCUAUGGAUAACCCUUCCGAAUGAACGGGACCCGGCGAUUAGCAUCAUUGGCAGUUCUAAUUAUACGAAACGAAGCUACUCUCACGACCUCGAAGCCGGCGCUUUGAUCGUGACGCAAGACGGCGAUUUGAAGAAGAGGUUAGGCGAUGAGCAAAAGUGGCUACAAGAAUACGCAAGUCCUGUAACGUUGGAUGACUUUGCAAAAACUGAAAGGCGGGUCGGGUUAAAAGUUAGGAUUGCAAUGUGGAUUGUCAGUCUCGUCGGUGGCGCGCUCUAACGAUCCGGACCAUAUUGGAACUAUGAUAUUCACAAUGCAGACUCCAGUUACGUUAGGCGGCGAACCCGAAAAUCAAAAGGUCCGUGGUUCUCCUUGACUCGGCGGAUCGACACCGGACUGUCUGUUGUUAAGCGAUUAAAUGCAAGAGGACGAUCAUCCAAUCGCUGGGAAAAGCUUCGGAGCCAAGAUUUGUCUCCUCAAAAUCCAUAGGCGGAGCCACAACCUCCGCAUUUGAUCUCAUCAUCACUACAAUGAUACCCAUUAUACAUGAUAAAAGACAUUUUGAUGCUUGUGCCUGGAUCUAUAGCCUAAUUUUGC